GAUUGGUGGGAGAAAGACGUCCAUAAUAUUAAUAAUAACGAUAGGAUUAAUUAUUCUAUAUAAAUAGAGACAGGAGGACUAUUCUGCUAUCCAGUUUUCUCCAUCUACCGUGUGUUUCAAGCAGAUCGGCAAAAGCUUGAAGAUGAACGACCAAAUUAGCAGUGCUGGGCUUGAACUAGCAAAUGUGCUGGUGACUUCUCCUCCCCUGCACCAGUCAUGGGACGCGGUUCAGAAGCAAAAGCUCCCGACAGCUGCUGAUCCGAAUGCACAAAUGGCCUUAUACAUUAGCGAAACCAAGCACUCAAACACCAUCAUCGUAUCGUUUCUUACUUCACCCGUCACGCCUCACGAUCAACAAGUGAUGGUUUCGUCGUUGACUCUCAAGGACGCAAGUUUUCCUCUCUUUGAGUUUUUGUGCAGCAAAAACACCCCAAGUUUCUCCGUCAAUGAAUUGGCAAUCAACUUCUUCAAAUUGAACCUCACAAACCUCGAUAAUUUGCGAAAAGAGCUGGUAGCUAGCAGCAAAUCCUCACGGAUAGUUAUCACUGGACAUUCUUUUGGAGGUGCUGUGGCUACCCUUUUCACCUUAUGGCUGCUACAAAUCCUCGACUUGUCGAAAGCGAAACGCCCCCUUUGCAUCACUUUCGGUUCACCCUUGAUCGGUGACGAAAAUCUCCGACAAUGUGUGUUGGAAUUCUCAACAUGGAGUUCUUGCUUCUUGAAUGUAGCCUCCAUCAAUGAUCCUGUACCUAAAGUCUUCCUAACUUCGCAAGCGAGUGGUUAUAAGCCUUUCGGAACAUUCCUACUGUGCUCCUCUUCGGGUGGUUCUUGCUUUGAGGACGCUGAUGCCAUUUUGCAACUAUUGGUGGAAACCAGCUCUCAUUCAGUUCCGAAUUCAGGGACUCAGUUCUUUGAUUACGGAAAGAUUUUGAAUGAUCUCAAGACUAAGGCAUUGUCUAGAGAUGUCUUUGAGUUGGUUGAAGAGGAUAGAGUUCCACUUAAAGCUGGAAUUAAAACACAGUUGGCAGCACUAUUAGGAGUUCUCAGCUCACAGUCAUUGCAGCAGCAACAACCCAAAAUUGAAUUCGAAGGUCUGAUAAAAAAGAUGGUCACUCACGAACGUAAACUAGCGAUCCAGAAGACGAAGGUUUACAGUUCUUUCUUGAAAUUGAAUGACAUUAAAAAGUACAUGGCCAACAUGGAAUGGUACAAGAAGGAGUCCAAAGACAUGGGAAUUGGAUACUAUGACAGGUACAGAAACAAGCGUUACGCAAGUGACAUUAAUGCCGAAGAGUACAAGAAGAAGCUCUCAAACUAUUGGCUUGACACGGUUACAGAAGCUGCGAACAAGCCCCAGACAGAAGGAGCCGCAAUGCGUGUCCGUUUUCUUUUUGCUGGAACGAAUUACAGAAGGAUGAUCGAACCGCUUCACAUUGCUGAGUACUACAAGGAAGGUGGAAAAAAUUACAUAGAGGAAAGGCCUCGGCAUUUCGUUCUUUUGGAGCAAUGGUACAAUGAAGAGGAGAAAAAGAAGAAGGAAAAGAGAGAGAGGGAAGAAAGGGAGAACCCGCAACUGCGCAGCGCAAGCAAGUCCAACUCAAAAGCGAAGAGUGUGGCUUCUAGUCUGAAUGAUGAUUCUUGUUUUUGGGUGCACGUCGAGGAAGCGCUUAUCUUGUGCGACGAACUAGCAAGUAAUCCAGAUGCGAAGCAAAAGCUGAUCGAAUUUGAGCGUUACGUGCUGGAUACGCUCGAGAAUUUCGCAGUGACACCUGAUAUUUUCUUGGCGCAGAGCAGCUUCAUGCGAUGGUGGAACAAAUAUAAAGAGAUUGUGGGAAGUAGCUACUCCUCAGAACUCACAGAUGUCAUGAAGCGUCGCACUUAUCGCAGGUAUGCCGAUGGGGUCUCGGUUCUUGCUGUUCUAUAAUCCAAGAUAAUUAAGUUUUACGCAAGCAAUUAAAUCAGAUAAAGCAAGAUUAGUUUUGCUGUAUUCCUCCCGAUCUUCAUAGAGAAAGACGGGCAGUACUUGCAGGACUUGUUGGUGCUACUACGUUUGAAUGUUUUUGUUUGUGGUUUCGUGUUGUUUUGGGCUCUAGCAUCAACCUCUCUCGUAAGAAAAAUAAUGUGUGGGGGAAUUGUUUUCAAUUAUAAUGUUGUAAUUUCCACUUCAUAACAGUAAUCACGCUUCUUGUAUUUUGAUUUCACUAAGUUUAUAAUAAAUUGAAACUUGGCGUUUGUCA